GGGAGCGGGACGGGCCCGGGGCUGGCAGUCGCUUCCUGCGGCUGGGCCGGCCCUGGGUCGGUCGGUAGCGGGGCCGGCGGCGCGGGGCCCGGCCGGGCGGUUCCCGUCUGCCCCCGGUGACAGUCGGAAGUGGCGGGGAGGCGAGGCUCGCCCCGCCACUCGGGAGUGCCGAACGCCUGGGAAGAGUCGGCGGGAAUGCGGCCAGGCCGGGGCCCGCGUCCUAAAGCGACGCGCAGCCAGCGCAGCGCGAGUCCAACACUUCCGUUUUUGAGACUCUGCGCGGUUUAAUGGUGCACUGAGUUUGCCCUACAAGGAGGUGGUUUAGAAUAGAUAUAUUAAAUUUACGAGACAAACUCGUGCUGGUUCAGAAGCCCUGGGUGCAGUGCAGCAGCCGCAUGCACCACGGCAGCAGCAGUGACCAGCAUCCACGACUCUGCUGUCAGAGUGACGCAGCAGAAGUGUGUUCCUGAAGAGGCUUCACAUGCCUGGAGGAGAAGCUGUGAGACCUAAGAUGCACCAGAAAUACUUUUCCUGAUUCCUGCACCCAGAAUUGAAAUCUACCCCUGAAAUCAACAAAAAAGAAAUGAUAAAAUUUUUUCUUAUGGUUAACAAACAAGGUCAAACAAGACUGUCCAGGUAUUAUGAGCAUGUAGAAAUUAAUAAACGGGCAAUGCUGGAAACUGAAGUAAUCAAAAGCUGUCUCUCCCGUUCAAAGGAUGAGUGCUCUUUCGUUGAGUAUAAGGACUUCAAGCUGGUGUACCGACAGUAUGCAGCCCUUUUCAUAGUUGUUGGCAUUGACCAGACAGAGAAUGAGAUGGCAGUAUAUGAACUAAUUCAUAAUUUUGUGGAAGUUUUGGACAAAUACUUCAGCAGAGUGAGUGAAUUAGAUGUAUCCUUUUCAGUAUCAGAAAUCCAUUUGUUAUCAUUUUUUGGUGUAUGUUCCAGUUCAUACUGUCUUCAUAGCACUAACUAUCACUCAAGUCAAUGGAGAUGUUCACCAGUUUUGCACUUGGAAUCCUGUAGCCCAGUACUGAGCAGUGCCAGAGGUGAACUAAGCAGCAAAAUAGCUAUCUUUCUAAAAAUUCUCACGUUACUGUAAUAAAGAAAUCCUAACUUCUCAAAUUAAAAUAUUUCUGUAAAGGCUGAUUUACUCAAUAAGUUUAUCACAGCAAGAAAUUUGGCUUCAAUCUUUAAACUGCCAAGCCAAGUAAAGCUACCACCUGUGUUCUCUGGUACCACAGAAAUGGUGAUUGAAGUUGUAAGGACAGCACUGCUCCUCAGUAUCAAAAGGCACAGUUUUUAGAAAAAAUGCAGGCCUAUGGUCAGAUUCAGGAAGAAGUCUGGUAUUUAAAAAAUAAUUCAGAAUUAAAUUAGGUAGUUAAGUUUAGGUCAGCAAAUUAGAAGCUGUCUGAUGAACCAUGGCCUUCCCCAAGACCCUGUUGACAGCUAUAGUUUCUCACCUAGCAGUAACUAGUUGGGGACCUGAAUUGUGCUACUACACAUACCUAGACCUGCUAUGCUCUUGGUCAAGCAGAACACUUCCUCUGGAGCAGUGUUAAAAUUGCCUCCCCUUCUGCACAAACAUAGUAGCACCAAGUUCAGCCCAGAGCGUUCACAGCAAGGAGGAACAAAUAGAUAGAUAACUUGAGCUGUUGUCAUUUGCAGUUCAGUACUCACACUGCUCCAGCUCUUUGGCAGAGCAGUACAGCUGACUGCCAAAGUCAGAUCCGUUGGCAGCCAGGAGACAGAGCAGUCUUCUUCAAUGCCUGAAUUGUGUUCAAAAAAUAAGACAGAUAUUUAUCACAGAGAGCAGAGGAAACCCUUGAUGACUUCAAAAACAUGAUUCUUGCAACUCCACUGCUUAGCAGGGAAGUCCACUAACAUAAAUACAAACACUAGAACAAAACCAGGCUGUCUUCCUGAGUUCAAUUCACAGUGUCAUAAAUAGCAGAAUGGGAUAGAAGGCACUCAAGAGACUCAUUAAAGUGGGGGGGAAAGUAUUGAGAGAUGUAUUUAGCAGUUACUGUAAGAAGGCUUGCUAGCUCCACUGCAGCAGUCCUCAAUACAUGGGCAAGUAUUAGAAGGUACAAAAUGAAGGCAACGCAGACCUGUUGUGCUCAGCACAGAACACAUGUAAAGAGCAGCAACAGGUGGAGAGCUAGGCAGAGAAAGGGUUAUUCAUGCUCUGUGUAUGUAUGUCAGUGAGGCAUAACAGAUGCACCCAGCAGGCUGCUUUGCUGUGCCUGUUUCCAUUUCAGGUUCUGGUGAUAAAUGGCAGCAUCCAAGUCUUUUUUUCACAGUAUAACCCUUGGCAGUUGUUCAGUGGAUGUGCUGGACACUCAUGUCUGCAUGGAUGCACUCAUGUGUCAUGACUGCCCACCACUUCAGACCCCUGGAAGGAAGGCCUGUCAUCUGUUUCUUUUGAGACAGAUGCUGCUAGAUAAAGUUAAGGAAAGACAGAUGUGCUUUUGGACGGAUGUGCUUAUUGAUUUACUUUUCUUCUUCUUUAUGAGAUUUACUGCUCAAUCAAUGAUUCAACUUUAUGUAUCAGCAUACUCCUAUGUCCAAACAGAUCAAAUACUGUUAGUUAUUCAGGACAAGGAAAUGCUGAGAAUCUAGUGUUUAAGAACUUGCUAAUUACUUUCGUUGGAGGAAUGCAGAAUUUUUGCAUCUUCACAUAGAAGGCUGUGACCCCUUGAUAACAUUUCAUAUCCAGACAAUACAUGGUGCCUCAGGCAGACAGUAAAACUAACCACCGUAGUGGUUUUUGCCACUACGUACUAGUGCUAUAUUCCAGGACAGGAUACUGCUUGGGCUUCAACUUUUCUAAUUCUGACCACUCUGUGAUCAGGAAAAAGUGUCAGUCGAACUGUUUCCCUAGCUUUAUUAAAAUAAUAGUAAAUUAACUAGAAUAAAUUAAGAAAUACCUAUAUUUGUUAAUUUUUAUUGAAGACUUAGGAGCUUAAUUUUUUUGUGAAUUAUGUUCACAUUGUUCAAAAUACACUUAACUUG